CAACUGGCUGAUGGCGGGAGUCUAAAGCUGUGACGACAUCUUCAAUAGGAAUGUGGCCACCGACAAGGCUGCUGUGAGUUUUGCAUAGAACCGGUAACACUGACCAAGGAGAAAGAGCCUGCCCACUUUGUAGAAAAUGAACGGCCAGCAAUAAUAUAUGGUAGGAAGAGAGAAGACCGUACUUGCUGUCGCGUAUCUCCAGAGCAUCGAAAAGGAAUCGUAGAUAGAGGAACAAUUUUGACAAUCGAUUAUCGCAGUGGACGUAAUGCCGCAUUAGGUUUGUGUUCCUUAUCGCUUGAAAGGUUUCAUCAGGAAAUUGAAUGUCCACACUAAGUCCGUUUUGCAGGUGUACAAUUAAAAGUGGUACCCUUAAAUGGUGGAGAAUCACGCUACAUUCAACAGGAGUGCCCAUGUUAGCGAAUUCACGAGUAAUCACAUUCGAGAUUGCAGUGAUGAAUUGCUUUUGAAAUCAGCAUUUCCAUGAAAAUCUUUGAGGAAUAG